AUGACAUUUCUGAUUCAACCAAUUACCACCAGCACAACUGGUUGGAUUCCAACAUUUCUUACAGUUAUGGAUACAUUUUUUUUCCAAUUUGAUGGUAGGUUAUACCCAUUUUCUUGUAGUAUGCCAACAUCAGCCUUUGCAUUGUCGGGCGUGUCAGUGUGGAGUGCCUUCGUGUUCGAGAUCGUGAUGACAUUCGGACUGGUUUACACCGUCUACGCUGUCGCCGUCGACCCAAAGAAGGGAGACCUCGGAAUCAUCGCACCCAUUGCCAUCGGUUUCAUCGUGGGAGCCAACAUUCUAGCCGGCGGUGCCUUCACCGGGGCAUCCAUGAACCCUGCCGUCUCAUUUGGGCCUGCUCUGGUCAGCUGGGACUGGACUAACCACUGGGUCUACUGGGCCGGACCUCUCGUUGGUGGCGGCCAGCUGGCUGGAAUCAUCUACGAGCUUAUCUUCAUCGGUGGCAGUCACGAGCCAUUGCCCACCACUGAUUACUAG